CGCCGGACCCGCCGCAGGAAGCGGAAGGCGGGCGGUCGAGUGGCCAGGCACUGCCCCGCGCCGCGAUCCGGGUGUGCACGCGCAGCCCGCCGGAGCCCAGCACGCCGGAGCCCAGCCCGGUGCCCAGCCCGCCACUGCGCCGCCGGCUCCCCGGUCCGCGUCCACAGAGCCAUUCCGCGCCGGCAAGCAGCAGGAUGUUAGCGGCGCCGCGCCCCGGGCGCUGAGACCGAGCCCGCGAGACAGUGGCAUUCCUUUCUUUUAGGGCUUUUUGGCUGUUGGCUACACUGAUGUGACGACCCCCACCCCCCAUUUUUUUUUUUUUUUUUUUGGAACGAUGGGGAUCUUUCUGGCGUAUGUUGGAUUUGUUUUCUUUUCCGUUUUAUAUGUACAGCAAGGGCUUUCUUCUCAAGCAAAAUUUACCGAGUUUCCACGGAACGUGACGGCAACCGAGGGGCAGAAUGUGGAGAUGUCCUGCGCUUUCCAGAGCGGCUCCUCCUCGGUGUACCUGGAGAUCCAGUGGUGGUUCCUGCGGGGGCCGGAGGACCUGGACCCCGGGGCUGAAGUGGCCGGGGCACAGACGGAGCUGCUGCCAUACCGGGACCCGGACGGCGACGGGACCAAGAUCAGCACAGUGAAAGUCCAAGGCAAUGACAUCUCUCACAAGCUUCAGAUUUCCAAAGUGAGGAAAAAGGAUGAAGGCUUAUAUGAAUGCAGGGUGACCGACGCCAAUUAUGGAGAGCUUCAGGAACACAAAGCCCAGGCCUACCUAAAAGUCAACGCCAACAGCCAUGCUCGGAGGAUGCAGGCCUUCGAGGCCUCGCCCAUGUGGCUGCAGGAUGUGAAGCCCCGCAAGAACGUCUCGGCGGCCGCUCCCGGCAGCAUGCACAGCUCUGCCAACCAGCGAGUGCUCUCCACUUCCAGCCCUCAAGCGGUAGCCAAAAUCCCCAAACAAAGUCCACAAUCAGGUGCGAGGAUAGCUACAAGCCAUGGACUUUCUGUCCUGCUUCUUGUCUGUGGCUUUGUGAAGGGUGCUUUGCUUUAGUCUAAAGUGCUGACUUUUUUCCAAUAUCACUUUCUCUUCUUAAAGCAAAGAGCAAAUCGCCUGUAAAAUCUACGGAGCGGACAGCAAAGUUGACCCUAAACUCCAAGCACCACUCUGCACCCACUGUACUCUAAUUACCUACACAAGGAGCACCUGCUUUCGGAAACAAACGAAGAGGCUAUCUCACUUUGUUCAUCACAUUUUCUUGGGCAAAUCACUGAUCUUUUAUUUCAAGAGAAUUAGUGUGAAGUGAUAGAACAUUUUCUAAUAGCAAGAUCUAUUUUUUUUUCCUUUUCUUUCGGCUACUCAAAGCAUCAUCUCACUGACUGCUCAGGGGUUGGCCUGACCGUCAUCGGUAUAGUGAAUAUUUACUACAGAUACCACUGAUUUCCUACUAAAAGACCCAUUAUCUGCAGGAAGUAAGCAGAGAUCAAAAGGCUACAGAACAUAAACUAUCAUCAAAGAAAACUCCUGUCUGGGGGCAAGAACAAAAUUUUCAACACUGCGAGUCAACAAUGAAAACAUUGUUUUAAAUAAGAAAUAAUAAAAGAUAAUUUCUUUUUGAAUUUUUCCCCUUUUCUUGGGUUUUUCUCCUUUUUCUUGAUUGUAGUUCUUGUUCAAUAUGGCAAGUGCUGAUUAUGGCCAAUCCCUGUCAAUCCUGGGAGGUUUAUAUAAAAACAUUUUGAGUGUUCUAUAUUUCAGUGCAUUUUAAUUCAUUUUGCAAUUCUUGUAUAUGCAAAUGAUAAAUUCUGUAAAUUGCUUAUAGUAUGUGCGAUAUAACUUCAAAGUAGAUAGACUAUGAGCCUCAUGCAAGCUGAUUUUUACCAUUCUCUGUAUAAAUAUAUACAAAUAAGUAUCUAUAUGUUGGGUCAUCAACCAACUUUUUUUUGGAUAAAACAUAUGUUUUUCACUUAUUCCUACAUUGUGGGCAUUUUGUAAUGCAUUGUUUCACUUCCACAGGUUUGACAGUUGCAGAUGGUUUCUGUUGCCCUCUGCUUCCUUCUGGAAAAUGCAUAUUCAAAAUCGUAUCGGUCUCUGAUAAAUGAAUUAAUUUUGCUGUGUGUAUGCUGUGUUGAAAUUUGCUAUGUUCCUUUAUAUGUGGUGUUUAUUGAGGUUUGAGGAUCUUUUGACUCUGAAGAAUGUAAGCUCUCUGGUUUUGACAGCCAUUCCUGUAUCAUCAUCAUCAUUAUUGUCAAAAAGCAAUGUCGCAUCUAGAAAAUUUGCCUUGGAAGUGAAUAUGGGGUAGGUGAAGUGGUCAUCGUGAAUCCCUAAAUUCAUAGAAGAACACUUCUUCCUGUGGCUAAAAAAAUGCUGCUUCCUUUGACCUUUAUGAAUUUUUGUAGCUUUGUCAUUCUGUUAUUUGCUGCUAAUUAUAGUUUAAUGUCUCCUAAUUAAAAAUUAAAAUUUGGUUGUUGGCUAAAUAUAAUAUGCAAAAGAUGACUGCAGAUCCCCGACUAAAGAAGAUAAUGUGUUCAGUGUUCACUAGUUAAGUGAAUUAUAACUUUAAAUAUUACAUUCUUAUUUUUGGCUUUAUGAUAAUUCAGACUACUUAAUUUAGAACCUGUUUUCUACUCUGGCAAAGAACUAUAGGCAGGACUAGCAAUGUGUUCUGAAUACACUGUGGAGUAGAUAUGGUUGAGAUGGAAAUGACCUAAGUUUUCCUUCCAGAGAGAUUCUUCCAUUUUCUUUCAUAACAAACCAGAAGUUCAUCUCUAUAGGACCGUCAGCACCAAGCCUAAGGUCCUAGACUGAAGCUUGAAGGCAAUGAAUACCUCUGCUUUUCAAAGGUAAAUGCAUUGAUUUUCUGCAGUUCAAUUACAAGCAGUGUGAUAUUUUCAUAAUAUCCUUGACAUUAUCUUCUGAGAAAAUGUUUCAUGCUAAAUAUUUUAUUGACAUUUUUCUUGUUCCUUUGGUUUAUUAUUUCAGUCUAAUGAGAAAAAUAAAAGAUUUGAUUGCACUAUUUUA